AUGGCGAAUAUAAGGGUGCAGAGUCUCGAGCAGCCCAUGGACGUGGCCGAGUAUCUCUUCCGGCGUCUCCAUGAAAUCGGCGUCCGCUCCGUCCACGGCCUUCCAGGAGACUACAAUCUCGUCGCCCUCGACUACCUGCCCGAUUGUGGCCUCAAGUGGGUUGGCAGCGUCAACGAGCUGAAUGCCGCCUACGCUGCUGAUGGAUAUGCCCGCGUCAAGCAGAUGGGAGCCCUCAUCACCACCUUUGGAGUGGGCGAGCUUUCGGCCAUCAACGGCAUUGCCGGUGCCUUUUCAGAGCACAUCCCCGUUGUCCACAUUGUCGGCUGUCCCUCCACCAUCUCCCAGCGGAACGGCAUGCUCCUCCAUCACACCCUCGGAAACGGCGAUUUCAACGUCUUCGCCAACAUGAACGCCGAAAUCUCAGCUGAAGUUGCAAAGCUCACCAACCCCGCCGAAAUCGCUACCCAGAUCGACCACGCUCUCCGAGUGUGCUUCAUCAGGUCUCGUCCCGUCUACAUCAUGCUCCCCACCGAUAUGGUCCAGGCCAAGGUUGAGGGCGCAAGGCUCAAGCAGCCAAUCGACCUGUCAGAGCCCGAAAACGAGCCCGAGAAGGAAGCCUAUGUCGUCGAUGUCGUCCUCAAGUACCUGCGAGCUGCAAAGCACCCCGUCAUUCUUGUUGAUGCUUGUGCGAUCCGCCAUCGUGUCCUUGAUGAGGUCCACGGCCUCAUCGAAAAGACCAACCUCCCAGUCUUCGUCACCCCCAUGGGCAAGGGUGCUAUUAACGAAGAGCAUCCGACAUAUGGUGGUGUAUAUGCAGGUGCCGGUUCCCACCCGCCUCAAGUCAAGGACAUUGUCGAGUCUUCAGACCUUAUCCUCACCAUUGGUGCCCUCAAGAGCGAUUUCAACACUGCGGGUUUCUCUUACCGCACCUCUCAGCUGAACACCAUUGACCUCCACAGCGACCACUGCGUUGUCAAGUACUCGACAUAUCCCGGCGUGGCGAUGAGGGGUGUGCUGCGACAAGUCAUCAAGAAGAUCAACCCAUCCGAGCUCAGCGUCCAGCCAUCACCGAUUGUCGAGAACGAGGUCACCAAGAACCUAGAUGACUCGCCCGUCAUUACGCAGGCCUGGUUCUGGCCUCGCGUUGGCGAGUUCCUGAAGAAGAAUGACAUUGUCGUCACAGAGACCGGAACGGCCAACUUUGGCAUCUGGGACACCAAGUUCCCAUCUGGCGUCACCGCACUCAGCCAGGUCCUCUGGGGAAGCAUUGGCUGGUCUGUCGGUGCCUGCCAAGGAGCUGCCCUUGCGGCGGCCGAUGACAACAGCGGCCGCAGAACCAUUCUCUUUGUGGGCGACGGUUCGUUCCAGCUUACGGCCCAAGAACUGAGCACAAUGAUUCGUCUCGGGCUGAAACCCAUCAUCUUUGUCAUCUGCAACGACGGCUUCACCAUUGAACGCUUCAUCCACGGAAUGGACGCCGCCUACAACGACAUUUCGCAAUGGGAUUUCAAGGCCCUGGUGGACGUCUUUGGCGGAUCCAAGACUUGCAAGAAGUUUGUCGUCAAGACCAAGGAGUCAUUAGAGCAGCUCCUCACAGACUCCUCGUUCAACGCGGCAGAAUGCCUCCAGUUCGUCGAGCUGUACAUGCCCAAGGAAGACGCUCCGCGGGCACUGAUUAUGACUGCGGAGGCCAGCGCCAAGAACAAUGCAAAGCUGGAGUAA